AAGCGCCCGUUGACGUCACUCAUGCCAACUUGAAGUUAGUUAGCGCAAAGUAGCUGUUGGAGGGGCUGCGAGCGUUACGAGCGUGGUGCCUUUUGUUGCUUUCCCCUUUAAGGCUUGGUGUUGAAAAAUGCAUCGCGGGGAUCAUGUGCCGCACGCGUUCCAGGCCCCCGUGGACGUCCACGCCAGUGCCGACGGCCAGGUUUACAUGUUCAAGAGGAAAGUCAACGGCAUGGCCUCGUCGUCGGAUGAGGAAGAAGAAGAAGAGGCGGAGGAGCUUGGCCUGAUGGAAAUGAGGCCUCGGCCCUACCAAGAGUCAGAGCAGGACAGGCUCAGGAAUUUCCACUUGCUGGAACGGGACGUGUUGGACGGUGACAAUCUCAACAAGCUGGCCUUGCAGUACGGAUGCAAGGUGGCAGACAUAAAGCGCGUGAACAACCUCAUACAGGAGCAGGAUUUAUUUGCACUGAAAAGCAUCAAAAUCCCCGUGGCCAAGCACAGCUUUUUAACGGAAUCGUACGCAAGCCCGACUGACUCUUUUGAGGAAAAGCCGGCGAAGGCCCAGCCAAAGAGACAGCAAAUUACGGACUUCCUCAUAGAGGUGGACAACGACAUGGAGAGGCUGAUCCCGAACUCGGACGACUUUGACAUGGAGCUGUUGGACGACGGACCCAAAAGGCCCGUCCAAAAAGGACAAAAGGGCCAGGGGGCCGACUGGGGCAUUCAGUGGUGGAACGCCGUGGUGGCCAUGCUGCUCAUCGGCAUCGUUCUGCCUUUGUUUUAUGUCAUUUACUUCAAAACCCAACACAGCGGCUCAGCCUCGCCAACGGGUGGCGCUGUCACGCCUACGUCCGUCACGUCUAACAGGACCGGGACGGGCACCUUUCCUACUGGCGGACCCGAACCAGGAUAGAACGGAGUUUGUCGUUUUAGAUAUCAUGAAGCUGAAUAUAUCGAACAUCAUGUGUGCAAUACCUGCCUCGUUUUUUUUUUUUUUUGUUUGUUUUUUUUUUGUGUUUUUUUUAAGUCGGCCUUUAACGUUGCACUCCUAGAUCGUCAAAAAAUAAUAAUUGUUACCGUUUUUUGUGUGCUUUUGUGGUAAUUAUUUUGUUUUCACCCUCAUUUGAUGCACAUUGCAGCUGAUUAAAACCACGUUAAGCUGCAGGGUUCUUCUGCAUAUUUACAGUUCACUAUUUGCAUUUUUUCUUUCUAAGGAACCUUCCUCAGACCUCUUCACAGUUUUUGUUGCUUUUUCUCAUUCCAGAGGAUGGCACCAAACGCCUGUAGAAAAUGAAAGUACUGCUUUAAUGCCAUCUUUUGGCAUCUUAGUGCCAAGGAUCUAUUUUGAAAUAAACGAAGGAACCUUUACGGACAAGCCAAAGCGGUGCUUAAUAGAAACAAAGUGCCUUGGCGCCAUCUUGUGGCGUCUGCAAGGUUGGCUAUGGCUAAGAUGGUUGCACGGGUUAUCCAAGGACCAUAGUACCUGCUCUAAAAAUAGCUCAUCCAUUGUGGCAUUGUGAUUUCCUCGGAAUCUUGACAGAAUUGGUGAAUAGUGAACCAUAAAUAUGUGGAAGGUUACUGUAGCAUGGCAGUUUUAGACGGCGGUGUGUAUCGGGUUGUAUGUGAGGAGGAAUCUUUGUUUUUCAAAUUAACUUAUGGGGCUUUUGUGUGUGUGUGUAUUCAUUUUGCAUUGUUCACCGAGGUUGGAUUCACACUACAGGUCCAAGUGAGCAAUUUUGAUUUGAUGACCCCACCCAUCUCUAUUUCUGAAAAAAUAUCAAGCAGUGUUCACUUGCACAGUAAAUGUUAAAUGACACAGAACUCAACAUUUGCAGAUUGCCAAAUGUGCCAUUUUAUGUUCAACAUUUGCAUACCAAUUCGUCUUUAUUUCUACAUUGACUCGUAUCCCAGUUGCUUGUACCGAGUGGACCCGAAGCGUGUGCCAAAUGUGUGAACUGUGUUUGCAAAAAAAAAAAAAAAAAAA